CAUGACACGCCAAAAAUGCACUAUUUUCUCCCUCGUGCUUUCCAUUGGCUCCAUCAUCCUGUACAGUAUGGUGUAUGGGGACCAAGUUACGAGGUCACGAAUUGAGAUCAAGCUUGACACUUCCAAAGAAGUCACAGAAAAAUACCCGAAAGAGAACACACAGACGUUGGAAAGCUGGCAGAAAGAACUGUGCAAAGCCAAUGUCAAUGAUGUACCUGAGGAAUCGGAGACACUGACCCUGCCGAUGCUUGCCAGGGACAUCACGCCCAAUGCAAGCGAUUAUAACGUGUACCUCGCGGAGACAAGCUGUAACCCUCGCCCACUGUACAGAGCGUGGUGUUCCGUGGAGAGUUUCGCCAACCAGAACCCAACAGCGAAGAUCUGGUACGUGGUCACCGCUCCGCACGUAGACGACACAGACAGGCUCGUCACGUUACUCAAGAAGAAGUACAAAAAUUUAGAUGUCGUUGGCGCCGAUCUCAACACGAUGUUCACCGGGACCCCCCUUGAGAAAUUAUUUAAGUCGGGGACCUGGGCCCACAACACGCCUUGGCCGGCGAACAACCUCUCCAACCUGCUGCGGAACAUCCUGCUGUGGCUGUGGGGCGGGAUGAACGCCGACACCGACUGCAUCUGCGUCAGGAAGGUCACGCAGCUGUACAACGCGAUCGCUUACGACGAAAAGGACAAGGUCGCCAACAACGCCAUCAUGCACUUCGAAGCCCGCCAUCGGUUCAUUCUCGAAACCAUGGAGUACCUGAAACAACAUUUCCAGGCGAGUUCAUGGAUUAUAUGGCCUAAGGAAUUUUUUCCGCGGGGACAUGUAUUGCCAGGAAAUGUAUGUAACACUAGAAAUAGCAGCGCUCCCUCCUCUGAUCCUUCCAGGUGGCCAAGUGGCACGUCAACGGGCCAGGGGCGGCAUCGCUCAUCGCCAAGAAGGUCUGCGGAACCAAAAACCUGAAUCAGAUCCUUCACGAGGAAUGCGACAGCGUGAAGUUGAUGCCGUUGAGGAAUAUGCAACUCUAUACCUGGACACAGUGGGGGAAUUUCUUUAAGGAGGGAAAAGGAAGCAAAUUCCUAGGGGUAACCAAACAUAAUAUCUGCGCAGACACACCCACCCGCUUUAAGAAGAUUCCAACAUGAACACCUACUUAGUCAUGCAUACACACUCACACACAACAAAGUAGCUUGCAAUAUGAAGAAUGGCUAGUGAAAGCGGACUGUCACUCACCCCCCUCUCUCUUUGCAGGAACACAAAGACGCCUACAUCUUGCACAUGUAUAACAAACUCAGCAAGAAAAGUGCGGUUAAAAUAGGCUCCGGAACCAUCUAUGACAGCGUUGCCAGCGUCGUCUGCCCAAACACGUACGAGGCUGCCAGACGGAGAGCGAUCUUUUUCUAGUUCGAGUGGAUGUUUUUGGAUUGGAAGUUUAUGGUCUGGAUGUUUUUUUUUUCUUACUAGAUGUUUUUAUUUGACUGGAUGUUUAUGGUCUGAUGUUUUUGAACAGAAUUAUUUGGUCUGAUUUUUUUUUGGACUGGGUGUUUUUUGUCUAAUCUUUUAGGACUGGAUUUUUUUUGGACUAUUUUUUUUUUUGGUCUGAAUAUUUUAGGAUUGGUUGUUUUUGGUCUGAUUCUUUGGUCUAGAUGUGUUCGGUCUGAUGUUUUUAUAGUGUUCAUAUUUUAGGUCUGAUAUAUUUUGUUCUGGAUGUUUUAAGUCUAGGUGUUUUUGGUCUGGAUGUUUUAAUACUGGACGUUUUUUGGUCUGAAUGUGUUUGGUCUGGAUAUUUUUGGUCUGAUGCUUUUUUUUCUUUUUCUUUUUUUUGGUCUGAUCAUUUUUUAUCUGUUUUUUGUUUUUUUGGACUAGACGAUUUUGGCCUCAUUAUUUUCUAAUUAUUUUUUUGUAUGGACGUUUUUGUCUGAUUUUUUUGUAUGAACGUUUAUGGUCUGAUUCUUAUUUUUAUUUUAUUUAUUUAUUUAUUAUUAUUCAUUUUGUCUCGACGUCCUUGGUCUGAUUUUUUUUGUCUCAAUGUUUUUGGUUUCAUUAUUUGUCUGCAGUUUAAGUCUAGUUUCCAGAGACAAAUAUUUGUGUAUCCUUUCAUAGUAACUGGUAGUUAAAUAGCACUGUGUAGAUAAAAAAAAAAGUAAAAGAAAAGAAAAAGAAAAAGAAAAAAAUAUCAUAUCCUAGAAAUAUUUCCAGUACAGGUAAAUAAACAUGAAGAACAUAUGCAUUGAAAUAAAGUAUUCGAAAGUUCCCAAGCUUUCUAAGGCCGUUACCCACUUUUCAUAUAUAUGUAUUUAAAUAUAUAUAUAUAAAUAAGUAAAUAUAUAUAUAAAUACAUAUAUAUAUACAUAUACAUAUACAUACACACACACACACACACACACAC